AUGGAGAACUCUCGCCUGAAUUCGCUCAAGUCGUGGGCUGGUAUCAUCGAAACCAUUGUACCGAAUCCCUUUGAGAACGUCGAGGUGGAGGAAAAGUGGAAGAGGAAUCCCUGGAAGUUGCGCAUGUUGGACUACUUCAAUCCGAGUCGGCCGGAGAACAUUUCCGAGGAGACCUCAGCGAGUGGCCAGGUUUCAGCAGUAGUGAAGGACAUUGGUCUACCACGCGAGAUGAGCAUCAAAACGCAGCACUUCAAGGCAAACUUGUGGCUCUCGGAGGAGUUUCCCCUCAGCCUGCCCGAGCAGAUACUGCCAAUUGUCGAUCUGAUGGCCAUCAGCAGUUCUCACUUUGCAAAGCUGCGCGACUUUAUUGCCGCCAAGAUUCCAGUUGGCUUUCCAGUGAAGAUUGAAAUACCACUCUUUCACCUGCUCAACGCCCGCAUCACCUUUGGAAACAUCUUUGCCACCUCUGAGGCGGUGCACGGCGUGAUGACGGUGCCUGAGGACAGCGAGUCUGACCCGCCGCGCUACCGGUGCUCCGUGGAUGAGUCCUGCUUUGAGCCACCGGCCGACUAUGUGGUCAUUGGCGGCGAUGGCGAGGAAGGGCUCACUGACGGCGGAGGAAACGGUGUCGCCGGUGCUGGCGGUGGCUUUGAUGAUGAGGACCAGUUUGCCUAUUCGGACGCCUGGGAGCAGUACUUCAACGGCGCCCCGGGACAACAGGUGGCCAACGGGGAGAGCGGCACUGAGCAGGUGACCUUUAUGGAUGCGCUGAGGACGAACCAGGCGGAGGUGGAUCCACAACUGCAGAAGAGCANGGUUUUUAGAGCAAUUCAACUGAGCCUUCUCGAGUACCAGAAGGAGCAGUCGGGCAAGCAGGAGUCGGCUAAUGGAAGUGCUGAUAGUACUGCUGAAAAAACUGGCUCCUCAUCGGUGCUGCAAUCAGCGUCGGCGGUUGCGCAGUCCAUACUGAAGACUAUUCACAAUCAUGCCAAUGGCACCGUGGAUGAGGCAGCGACUGAAGAGGCGGGUGGAAAGGGUAAAGCAGCGACGGAAACUAAUGGAGCUGAGGGCAAAGCGACCACGACGGUUAAGAGCAGCUCACGGCUAAGCGACGAAGCUCUCCAGCGGACGAUCGAGGCAAGUCGACUGGAGGCGGAAGCAGAGGCGAAGCGACGCACCGAGGAAGAAGAGAUGCUUAAGAAGGUGCUCGAGUUGAGCAUGACUGAAAAGUGA